CAUCUAAAUUCUAAAGAUCACUAGUAUAUAAGGAUCGAGAUUAAAAUUUGUAAAUCAGUUUUGCAUUAGCAGAUCCGGCAACCCAAACCAAAAUGAAAUUCCUUAUCGUUCUCGCCAUCGUGGCUGCGGCCAGCGCUGACGUAUCUCACGUCGGCAGUAACGAGUUCAACGCCGCCGUCGUCAAGUCAAACUACGAAAUUCAGCCUGAAGGCAGCUUCCAGUAUGCGUACGAAACCUCCAACGGCAUCUACGGCCAAGCUUCCGGUGUUGUCAAGAACCCUAACUCCGACGAGCCCUCUCUCGAAGUUAACGGUGCUUACAAAUACACCGGCGAUGACGGCGCCCCCUACGAGAUCAGCUAUGUUGCCAACGAGUACGGUUACCAACCCCAGGGAAACCAUCUGCCCGUCGCCCCCCCCGUGCCUGAAGCCAUCGCUCGCAGCAUCGCCUACAACGCCGCCCACGCCGUCCAGGGCGCCGCCCAUGGCGCCGCACACGUCGUGACUGCCCCUGUCAGAGCCGCCGCAUCUCUCCUUGGCUAAAAGACUCAUCUUCACCUGACAUGUGCAAUAAACUUUUGACCAAUUAA